GCUGCCUGCCAGCACUUUACAGCACAAACAGCUGAAAUAAUGACAUGUGUGUGGUUCGCACUGGGCAAACGCAGAUCACAAUCGGUCCUCUGCAACGUGACGUGAAUCAAACAUUAUACCUGCAGAGGGGAAAGAUCAUGUCGAGCAGAGCCAAGCUUCCAAAAUAUUCCCGAUUCAAUAGGAAUGAGGGGCCACCCAGUGUGAAGCGGACUCGAUUGUGUUUCCCAAGGAUGGACGGGUCGGAGUUGACCGCAGGAGCCACCAAAAAGGACAGAACAGGUCCGUUCUCCAUCCUCUCCAUCCCUCCCGAGUUAGUGAGUAUCCGCGUAUAAUGCAAGAGGAUGCCUCACCUUCACCUAAACCAGCUGCAAUCUUGUUUGGACCAGAUCAUUGCGGACCCUGUCUGUGCGGGACGUGGUGAUGCUCGGACAGACGUGUCGGUAUCUGCACGGAUUCUGCAGCAAUGAGGCCGUGAAACGCAUCUGUCGACGUCUGGCCCCGCGGCUCAACGGGCACGACAGUGGGCAGGCCAGCUUCUGGAAACGGGCGUCUGUACUGAACUAUACCAAGGGUCUGUUUUUCCAGACGUUUGGGGGCCGCAGGAAGACGGUGAGCCGCACGGUGGCCCCGCACCUGUGGCACGGUUACUGCAAGUUCAUCCCCACCAAAGACAACGUGUUUAUCCUGGACUACAGCGGCACGCUCUUCUUCCUCAAGAACGCUCUCGUCUCCUCCAACCUCGGGCAGAUCCAGUGGAAGCGAGCGUGUAGAUAUGUGGUCCUGUGUCGCAACGUCAAGGAUUUUGCAACCGACCCCAGGAACGAUACGAUUUAUCGCAAAUACCUGUACGUGUUGGGUACGAGAGACAUCCCACCCCUGGUCAGCCAGGACCCAGGUGAUUCAGCUCACCUGUGUGACUGUGUCGAGGUCUAUCUCCAGUCCAGUGGCCAACGCGUCUUCAAGAUGACUUUUCAUUCUUCCAUGAGGUUCAAGAAGAUCAAACUGGUGGGACAGGAGACCGAGAGGUCCCUGCUGCUCCUCACAGAUGACGGCAAGAUCUACAGUUUGACCAUCAACGAGACGCAGCUUGACCAGCCUCGCUCCUACACUGUACAACUCUCCACACGCAAGAUCACCAAGUGUCUGCCCCACAUCAACGUCAGCCAGGUAUUGUCCAACCAGAGCAGUGCCCUGUACAUCACAGACUCAGGUGCGGUUUACCUGGAGGUCCACACAGCAGGUGUGUACCGGGACCUGUUCGGGACCCUCCACGCCUUCGACCCCUUCGACCAACAGAUCCCUCUGGCACUGGCUCUCUCCUCAAAGGUGGUGAGCUGCUCGCUGGGCUAUAACCACCUA